CCCACCCCCCGGAGACGAGGCGGAGCUAGGGUUCCGAGAGCAGGUCCCGGCGAACUCUGCCCCCAUCCUGCUCCGCUCCAACGACCCGACCCAGCAAGAGCUCUGCUCGUUGCUCCAGUACGUGAAGUGAAUAAACCGAGAUGCCAGUAUCGAUGGAUAGGAAGCAAAGCGCAUUCGCCACUCCAAUCCGGAGAACGAACCCCUUCGAUUCCGACUCUGAUUCUGAAGUGCCCUCGAGACCAUCAAGGACACAAUCUGCCCCAGUGCAGCGCACCAACCAAUCCGUGCAAGAAUUGGAGGAAUACACCCUACAUAAAGCAAAGGAAACCUCAUGCAAAGUAAAGGAGUGUGUUAGGGCCGCUGAAGCUAUUCGAGAAGAUGCUACACAAAUCCUGCUGACUUUGCAUCGACAAGGUGAACAGAUCAAUCAGACUCAUCGAGUAGCAGCUGACAUAGAGCAGGACCUUACUGUGGGUGAGAAGCUUUUGGGAAGUCUAGGCGGACUAUUCUCAAGGUCAAGGACAUGGAUGCCAAAGAGAAAUCAACAAAUAAAAGGACCAGUUUCACAGAAUAAUUAUUUCAAGACUACAUCAAACGACAUGGAACAGAGGCAGAAGCUAGGAAUUGUCUCAACACCUCAACAAUCUCCCAGUUCUGUACAUCGUUCGCCUGCAACCGCGAUGGAGAAAGUUGAGGAUGAGAAAGCAAAGCAGGAUGAUGCAUUUGCAGACUUGACUAACAUAUUGGGAAGCAUGAAGGACAUGGCGCUGGAUAUGGGUACAGAGAUCGAUAGGCAAAACAAAUCACUGGAUGCUUUCAAUGACGACGUCGAGGAGCUGAACUUCCGAGUCAAAGGGGCAAAUCAACGGGGACGUCGGCUGCUUGGGAAGUGAUAUGCGAGUCGGAGUCAGGCUGGUAGAACCACUGUGUCCAUGUCUGACAGUUUUGACUAUGCUGUGGAGAUUAAAGUGUGUUUUCUGCAGCUAUGCCUACUUCAAAGGACUAAGGAAGCUGUUGUCCUUCUUAACAAAUCCUGGUGAUAGAUAUUCUUGUAUUGUAUUAGAGCCCGUUGUAUUAUGCUGUUGUUCCUGAUAUGUUUCUGGACCAGAUUCCUGUGUUGUAUGACAACUAAGUGAGUGGGUAGGCACCU